GCUGUUGGGCAGAAUCGAUGACAGAAGAAAGGAACAAUUUGUCCCACCGGCGUUUUAUUUAGCAGCAGAAGGUCGUUCGCAGCUGGCAGCAGUUUGGCAAUAUUUAUAGCCAGAAAGUGACGUAAAUAAUUUAACUUUGUUUGAAGUUUGGAACUCGACGCGUGGAGUAAUGUGAGUAUUACGUAAAAAAAAAAACAGCGGAACGUAACCAUACGUCGUGAUUGGUUGGGCUGUUGGAAAUCUUGCUAGCUAACGUUAGCAGCUGACUGCCGUAACUAACGAUAGUUACGCUCGCAGUUCGGAAAGCGGCUGUGCUAACGCUACUUGUUCAUUAAUAUACCCGCACCGAAGCAGCGUGCAGGUUGGACUGGACCCUUGAAUCUCUGUGCCCUCGGUCUUAAAGCAGACCCCGGGCUAGCUCGACAGACCCAGGAUCUCCCUCUCUUGAAGCGGAGAGGCUGACUUGAUGGCAGCCUCGACCGGUGCCCGGAGAUUACCCAUGGGUGUUCGGACGUUCAGUGACUUUCUCCAGAUCGCCACUGUGGGAUCCCCUCGCUCGUGUCGCACGGCGGUGCAAAGAGGAUGCCUGCGACAAAACAUCAGACACUUGUCGUCAUGUGGCAUUUUGAUGACAAGAAGUCCCAGGGUGCUUUGCCUUCAAGAUUGUGACACAAUGACAGCGGUUUCCCAAAGCAGAAGCUUCAUCAGCCUCACCAACAAAAGGAAGGAGUACUCUGAACGUAGAAUACUUGGGUAUUCUAUGCAGGAAAUGUAUGAUGUUGUGGCCAACGUUGACGAGUACAAGCACUUUGUGCCUUGGUGUAAGAAGUCCCAGACCAUCAUGAAAAGAGCAGGUCACUCCAAAGCCCAGCUUGAAGUGGGAUUUCCUCCAGUAGUGGAAAGAUACACAUCUAUGAUCACUAAUGUUAGACCUCAUCUAGUCAAAGCAGUGUGUACAGAUGGAAAGCUCUUCAAUCACCUGGAGACGAUAUGGCGCUUUAGUCCUGGCAUUCCCGGUUACCCUCGUACCUGCACCGUAGACUUUUCUAUAUCCUUCGAGUUCCGCUCUUUGCUGCACUCACAGUUAGCCACCAUGUUCUUCGAUGAAGUGGUAAAGCAGAAUGUUGCUGCAUUCGAGCGGCGAGCCGGCAAGCUUUACGGCCCAGAGACUCGCAUCCCACGAGAGCUGAUGUUUCAUGAGGUGCAUCAGACGUGAUCUCAGCAACUAUCCUUGUUUAGCAGAAAGAACAGUAAGUCAUCGCAGCAUUGUUACAUUAUGCUGGACACUCAGUUAUUACUUUAAACUUAAACUUCGGUUUUUCUAUAAGACACAGUCCCUUUUGCCGAAGCAGUUGUCUCACUGUAACUUGAGGUUACUACUAUCAAGUGAACUUCAGCUCUAAUAUAUUGGGAAAGCACAUUCUUUGCUUUUACACUUAGCAUUGACUUCAUUUCAAAUGGAAAUAGUAAUAUAUAGUUUGAAAUAAAGUACUGGUAUUGCUGCAAAAUAAUAUUGCUUUUAGUUCUUUAAUUUAUUCAGCAGCACUUUUCAACCAGUUUUAUAGGGGUUCAUAUUGACAGUGCCAUGCUAUAAGAGCAUUAUUGUAGGUUAGUAUGAAGUGCAAAGGAGGAAAAUUAGCUGUGGCCUCAGUAUGCUAGGAUUUGAGAAAUGUCACUUUAACUUGGAUGCUGUGAGGAUUGGGCUUUAGAACGUUAAAAAAGAAAAAUUAGCAUAGUAGUUUUAAUAAUGCCUUGUUUUACAGCCCAGCACUAGUAUCAGUCAGUAAAGGUGGGGAAAUAAGAAUUAGCACAACCAAGAACCCCUGUUGAAACUGAAAAAUCUGCAGUACUGUAAAAGGUAUCACAAAGAAUGUAAGAAGAGUACAAUGUUACACUCAAAUUGUCUUUAUGAUCGAUUAAAAACAAAAGAAGAAUUGGAAAUUAAAGAUGGCUUCUUGUGAUUUGAAUGUGGCUUAUAUUGUAAUUGGAUCAAAAAUAAAUAAACAUUGCCAUGUUAUGUGGAUUCUAACUGUUAGGAGUCAGUUUAGGUUAUAGUUUAAAAAAUGUAGGUGUGUCCUUGCUUAGUGGGCUGUUUUGUGUUUAGAUUGUUUGAAGGUGAUCCGGAGGAUGAAACACUCAAGUCAUCUAUCUAUAAAUUGUAGCGGUGGGCUGUAGAAUAAAACAUUACUUAUUUAUCAAUGAGUUUCAUGCUUAUUUGUUGACAUUUCGGCUUAUCUUUACACACAUUUUGAUGCAUGGAUAUAAGUAACAAAGGCAAAUAUAUUUGUAGCAUUUAUGUGUUGCAUUGUCAGGACUUGACUUAAAUUUAAAAUCAAGCAGCCCCUUCACAGUAUUCUGUGAUAAAGGGCUAUUAAAGGUAACUGAUUGUAUUUUGCUACAUUUUAAAGGUGACUCGUAAGUUGCUAAAGAAGUAAUUUAGUGUGACCUUCUCUGUGAAAAAUGUUUCAUUUUGUCCAAAUGGUCCAGUAAACCUAAAAGGUUUUUUCGUAUUUUUGUGAAACUGAAGUAUGUUGUUUUAUUUUUGGUUAGUAAAGUGAUUUGGGAAUUGAGGAAAAAUGAGUCAUCAAAACCCAAUACAGGCGUAUUCAGUCUGAGAAUCACUGUUACUAUUUAAAAAA